UGGUGGCAACCCUAAGCUAAAUAGCCAUCCUUAUUUUGUUGUCUUUUAAAAACCCUACUAAAUUUUAGUUCAUUAAGAGAUUUUUAUUAGUGGUUUCAAUAAUGGCCAAUAUAUCAGCCAAACGAAUUAAAAGGGAAUUCAAAGAAAUCAUGAAAAGCGAAGAGGUGGCCGGAGGCGCGAUCACACUGGACCUGGUGAACAACAGCUGGACGGAGCUCCACGGCACCAUCGCCGGGCCGCUCGACACGCCAUACGAGGGCGGCACCUUCCAUCUAGAAAUCAAAGUGCCUGAGACUUACCCGUUCAAUCCGCCCAAGAUCCGUUUCAUCACAAAAAUCUGGCAUCCUAACGUAUCGUCCGUCACCGGCGCGAUUUGCUUAGACAUCCUGAAAGACCAGUGGGCCGCCGCGCUCACACUCCGCACCGUCCUCCUAUCCAUACAAGUACUGUUGUCCGCCGCAGAGCCCAACGACCCGCAGGACGCGGUCGUCGCAAAACAAUACCUAGAAAACCAACACCUCUUCAAAGUCACCGCGAGACAUUGGACCAACAUCUACGCCGGCGGGCCGACCGCCAUUCACGACUGCAACCAGAAAAUACAAGUCCUCCUAGAUAUGGGUAUAAACGAGGACCAGGCUAGGGUAGCGCUUUCCACCUACGAUUGGAACCUCGAAAGAGCGACGGAACAGAUAUUUAGUUAGUGAGUUCCUUUAAGCGGUGUAAGGUCAGAUGGGGAAUGAAAGUCGACUCUAGUGCACUCUAAGGAUAGAUCAAACAUGAUGCUGUUUGCUCAUCUAUGUAACUGCCGCAGUGUCCCAAAGGUGAGAACCAUCAUAAGGUACUCUUCCACCGAGUCUGAAAAUUUAUAACAUCUCGGUCCGUACUAUCCAAAAUCCAAAUGAACACUAGGAUGCAUAAAGUGGUGCAAAAUCUUAAAAUUACACUCCAAAUACAUGAAGCGGGAACUAACCAAACGAAUCAUUUGAUAAUCCGAAAGUCACGAAAUAUAUCGCCAUUGCGGGUCAAUAUUUUGCACUGCUUUACGUGUUUUAGUAUUAAUUUAUUGUUUGUGCCGACAAAUUGUAUAAUAAUUUCAAGAAUACUCCCAUCGGGAGCAGGAAAGAAAGUUAUUUUAGUAUGUCUCAAGUGCUAUUUAGCUCCCUGUAUGACCCAAAUGAAAAGCGUUUUGUACACAUUACGUUACGUUAGAUCCUUUUAAAACACUAGAUAAUCGAAGACUAUUAAGCGAAGUCGAUAAUAUCAAAUAUUUAAGAGGCGAUACUUUGCAGAAAUCUAAAUUAAUUAAUACAAUAUAAUAUAAUAUGUUACUUUGCUAAUUCGCGAAAAGAUAACGAUAAAGAUUAUAUGUAAAAAUAUGCAAGUAAGUAUAACGGAUUAGCACUGACUGACUAGCACGUUAUGUUUUCGCGGAUAAGCAAAAAGUAUUUUUAAUUAUUCUAAACUAUUAAUUCAAAAUUUUAUGGGAAAUUAUUUAUUUUAUUUUUCAAUAUCCUAAUAAUUACAGGUGCCGUGACGUACUUAUUAUCUUA